UGUAAUAUAUGAGGUGGGCCCACCGAACGAAUAACCCAGAUUUUGUGCAGGCGUGAGAGUACGAUUUUCAUUUCUCAAGCAGCCAACUUGCCAUAUCCUACAUUGCCAUAUUGGCUCCCGCAUCCAAGCAUUUCCAAAAGCUGAGCAAUUGAAAUUUUCGGGCAUCCCAAACAGGCUUUUUUCGCUUUGUGAAAAUGUUGGAAGGGAAGGCGGUGAUUCGCGAAACAGACAUGCCGCAGGAGAUGCAGAGCCAUGCCAUGGAGUUGGCGUACCAUGCCCUUGAUCUACAUGAAAUCUCCGACUGUAAAUCCAUUGCGCAGCACAUAAAACAGUUUGAUGAAUCGUAUGGCCCGACAUGGCACUGCGUGGUCGGCAUAGAUUUCGGAUCCUGCAUUACACACCUGUGCGGGAGUUUCAUCUUCUUCCGCGUCGAGAUGAUGGAGUUUUUGGUAUUCAAGGAUGGUAAAGACGUUAAUGAGAGCAAGGAAGAGUCGAUUGGAGUGCGGCAGAAAGGAGAACAGAAUGUUCUCUAAGCAAUGUUAUAGUAAAUCAGAACGGUUGUUAUAAAUUCCUGUGAUUAUGAUAUAUUUACGAAUGAAACGAUUAUGUUUAGGUGUA